CCACCUGCGUAAGGCCUAUCACAUUAGCGCGUGUUAGUUGUUCGUGAAAGGAGCGUUUUUAAAUACGAAUUGGUGUGUACGGGUAGCCAAGGACCACCACAUCACUAAACAUUCAAAUUCAUUCAUACGUUGUGUUCGGCAGAGAUAGCAGGACAAAGACCGAGUCAUUUGUUGUACUGAUAACAGACAGUAUCGUAUCUUCGCGAGCAGUGUGUUCAACUAUACAUACACACCAAUAUUUCCAGAUUGACCAGGCUUUCGUGUUGACUGAAUCACAAUAACACGAGGAAAUACUUCAAAGUUGAACUAGAAACGUAGCCGUAUUCGUAAUUCCCGGUACAGAGGGCACGGAAGCAAGCUCACGAAAACACUCAAUUACUGUCGCUGUUGCGUAGUAUGCUCAUAUCGAAGGCAACACAAGCCGUAGCUCUUCGAAUGAAGGAUGUCAAAGGACAAAUGGAAAGGCAACUCGAAGGCAACAAUAACAAACAAAGACUCAAACAACAGGCUUCCACUGGUAGCACGGAUACAUUGACAGAGGACCCAGAUGUUAUUUCGGACCCGACCUCAGACAAGCAGUAUGUGAGGGGUCGGCUGUUGGGCAAGGGCGGUUUUGCGAGAUGUUACGAACUUACGGAAUCUACCUCAAAAGUGUUGUACGCGGGCAAGAUCAUUCCAAAAACUCGAAUAUCUAAACCUCAUCAAAGACAGAAGCUUGAGCGAGAAAUCCAUCUGCACUCCCAGCUUGCGCACCAUAACGUUGUACAGUUUCUGGAUUACUUCGACGAUGAUGAGCACGUCUAUAUCAUCCUCGAAAUCUGUAAUAAAAAGUCUCUGAUGCACACAAUGAGGCAACGAAAGACUCUGACGGAACCGGAAGUGCGUUUUUUCCUCCUCCAAAUCAUUGAAGGAAUACAAUAUUUACAUAGCCAGAAUGUGAUCCACAGAGAUUUGAAGCUUGGAAACAUUUUAGUCUCAGACAGUAUGGAGAUUAAGCUAGCUGACUUCGGUCUGGCAACGAGAUUAGAGUUCGACGGCGAUAGAAAAAGGACGAUUUGUGGAACGCCUAACUACAUUGCACCAGAAGUUUUAGAGAAGAUUGGCCAUAGCUAUGAGGCUGAUAUCUGGGCUAUUGGUUGCGUCAUGUACACUAUGCUUGUCGGGAAGCCACCCUUCGAAGGAAGUACUUUAAAGGAGACCUACUCUAGGGUUAGAAACAACAAAUACAAUCUACCAUUCAGCCUCCAUUCCUCAGCGAAAGAUCUUAUAAAACAGCUAUUGAACAGUAAACCGGAAGAUCGCCCGGGUUUGGAGGAGAUCUUGCAGCACGAGUUUUUCACCCGUGGGUUUACGCCCACAUAUCUACCGCCCAGCGUGUGUCACACUGCCCCAAGGUACGCCACAACCGACGCUGGAGCUGUCGACGUCGUGGAUGGGGACUACAAAUCACGCGAAGAGCCCAGGAGAAGAUUUUCUGAACUCUCAUCGGCACUUCAACAUCUCCGAGGAGGUAGAGCUAAGGUAACCAGCAAACCUCCGACACCCCCCUCCACUAGUAAACAUCGUCGAAGUUCAACAGACAAAACCAAAGCUGUUACUCACGCUAUUAAAAAUGCUGUUUCUUCAGUGAUUGAAUCAUCCAAAGGCCAAUCGCCGCCAAAGUCCAGCAACAACAUUCCCCCAAGCAAAGUUCAAGAGAUGUUAAUGACAUGUACGCGACACAUGCCUGAAGAGCCCUACAAUAGUACACCCAAGUACAAACCUAAAGGUUCAGAGGUACUCUGGGUUACCAAAUGGGUCGACUACUCUAAUAAAUACGGGUUUGGGUACCAGUUAUCCGAUACAUCGGUUGGUGUCAUGUUCAACGACAACUCGAGAAUUUGUUUUCUUCCAAACAGAAGCACUGUACAGUACAUUGGAGUUGACCGAAAAGUCCAGAUAUUCGCAAUGACAUCAGUGCCCCAGCGUCUGGCCAAUAAAGUGACCUUGCUCGACUAUUUCGCUACAUACAUGGACGAGCAUCUGAUAAAGGGUGAGACCGACCUUCCAAGUCCUCUACUGGCUAGAAAGGGAGGCGAUUUAGAAUCAAAGGAGAAGUCCAGUCCUACGAAGAGGAAAGUGUUGCAGAGUGAGCCAGGAACAGCCGUACAGCCGUUUAUGCAGAAUUGGACGAAGACCAAAGAUUCCAUCACUAUGUAUCUCAGUAACGGUGCAUUGCAGAUCAAUUUCUUCGAGGACCACACCAAGAUUGUCCUUAGUUACAACAACAGUGACCACUUGGUAACAUACGUGGACAAUGAACGUAUUUGCCACACGUAUCGUUUGUUGCACGUGGCGCACUACGGAUGCCCCGCUCAUCUACAUGCACGAAUGUUGUACAGUGUGAACGCAGUCAAAAAUAUUGUGGCACAGGAAGCGGCAACGACGUCCACAUAACAUUAACCAUUUCAGGUAUUUUGUCGAAAUGGAUUUUUUUUUGACUGAUUAAUGAUGAAACUGAAUAGUGAAGUCGUACUGUUUACCACAAAGAAGAUUACGUUGACUUUGCCAAAGAAACACUGCGUUAUUGUGAACACUGAUGGUUACAGCUACGUGUAUAUACGAAACGUUGUUGACUUAGAUCCUAUGCACUUAGUGGUUAAACAGGGUUAUUUUAUUUGAUCUGUGGUGCUAAUUUUUGUUUCGAACCUGACAUAAAUCUUCUAUGUAGAGGUAUUUUUUGGGGCGUCACCUUUCAAGCAAUGGCGCCUGGUUAUAUGCUUUACGUCCAAUCCGUUCAUCCAACUAACUUGGAUUAUGCUUGUAUAAAAACGUGCUUCCGUAAAUUCUAGUUGUUGCCAUAGAGGGCUCAUGGUUGAUUUGCUUUUUUACGAGAGUACAUGUACCGACAUUGCAUAUAUAUAUAUAUUUAUGUUGAUAGAUUUGUCGAAAAUGUAGUGUUUAUUUAAUUUAUCGAGUUUAUCAGAGUUUGACUGCCAACUAUAUUGUAUAUUAUAUUGUACAAGUGCGCAUGUGCCUUAAAAGUGGUGCGUCGUCAACGGGUUGCUUUGUCGUUGAGGGCGGGUGUGUUGAUGUUAAUCUCUCUAUGACGAAUAGAUUUUGGAAUCUGGUUUGUGCUGCGGGAUCAUUGCACAACGAUUAUCCUAAUCAUUCUGACGAGUAAGAAAACUCAAUAAAUCGUUAUUUUAAUUUAUUGUAAUGCGAGUUAUUUUUCUAUUUGUUGCGUUUCUUCUAAAAAAAAAAUAGUCCGGUCGAGAGUGGAUGCGCUGCAGCAAUUUUUAUGAAGUCCAGUACUGCGUUACUAAACCACACGUAUAUUGUGUAGGAAGUCUCUUGACAAUAAUGUGCGUUUUAUGGAACAAAGAUAGGACGGAUUUGUGUAGGGACCAGAGAAACUAAACACGCACACGAAUGUAAUAAUUAUUUGGUUCCACUAAAGAAAUUUACAUGACUACCUUCAUCUUGCUUUCAGUUCACUUCUUACUGUGUACAUAUAUGUUUUUCAAUUUUAUGAAGAAUUACAAAUCUGAGUGGGUGUUUUUUCUGGGUAUUUAAUCCACAAAUAUAAAUGUUAUAAAGUUUGUCUUUUGAGAAAAUAAAGAGUAUGUGACAAAAUAA